AUGAAGGUGGCCUGUCUCAAGCGCGAGGUCAAGCUCCUCGACCACGCGCCCGAGCCCUCGUCGGGCGACUUUGGCGUCGACGCCGACCCCACGGUGAACGGCAAGGUGCGCGGCGAGUUCGAGCUGAGCCUGCAGGCCAGCGGCGAAGAGGCCCAGCACCUCGAACAGUUCUUUGCCGGCGUCGACGCCCUGAAGGAGGCCAUGCGGCGGGUCAAGGCCACCAACCGCCGGCUGCGGGACCUGCACGAGCAGGCCUUUGACGUCGAGUCGCCGCCCACGUCGGCCAACGAGGCCCACGAGCUGCGCGAGGCCUUCGCCCGGCUGGUGGCCAAGAACGAGGCCCAGUUCGAAGAUGUGCGCGAGCGCACUCUCGACCUCAAAGACGUGCCGCUCGAGAGCGACUCGUUCCGGCGGCUCAAGCACAACAUCCUGAACGGGACCAACAUGAAGUCGGCCCAGCUGCUGCUCGACUUCAAGAGCGUGCUCAAGGACCACAACCAGCGACUCAAGGAGGAGACCUGGCGCCAGCUCAAGGAGCAGCGCCUCGACCCCCAGGGCAACGCGCUGGAGAACGACGAAGACGACGACGACGACGACGACUUCCACGACGCCCGCGCCUUCGACCCCAACACCGAGCAGGUCGGCGACUUCAUGCAGAAGUUCGUCUUCCGAGAGAAGGCGUCGAGCGCGAAGAAGUAUUUGGAGGAGAAGCAGCGGGACCUGGAGGUGAUAGAGAAGAACAUGAUGGAGCUCAACGAGCUCAUGAAGGACUUUGCGGUGAUGGUGGAGAGCGCCAACGAGCCCCUCGACCAGAUCGACACCUACCUACGCGGCACCAAGGCCAACAUGGUGAUGGUGGAGGAGAACCUGCGCCAGGCCAAGUACAAGGUGAUGGGCAUGCGCAAGAAGAAGCUCUUCACGGCCCUCGGUGUGGCGGUCGUCGUGAUUGUCGUGGUGGCCGUCGUCGUUGGUCUGGUCUGCCUGCUCUAA